AACUUGCCCGAAGGUGUGUGUUUUUGCUGACAUGUCAAUUGGUGAUUUGCUGAAAAGUUGUCGUCCGCCAUGCGCCGUUCACGUGAGCUGCUGCUUGCAAUUGGGCUGUGAAUUGCGUUUGUUAGCCACCGACUGUGUUUGUCCGUUUCCUUCAACCCACUUUCGCACCUUUAUUUUCUUUUUCCUUUCUUUGCUUCCUAAAGAAACCCACGUGGGUUUGGUAAGAAUUGACUACUCCAUGCUUCAGAAUUCUGAACAGUCCUUUCCUCUCCUCUCAGUCCAUGGUCCCUCACUCUUCAGCAUCACCGAGACGCCCCUGAUCUUUUCCUUCUUCAUGAUCAUCAUCUCACUCUUCAUUCUUCCAUCUUUUUUUUUUCAACAUCAUCUUCAUCUUCUUAUCUUCUAUCUGUCUUGGUGAGAAGAAAAAAAAUAAUUUUUUGCUCCGAGCUUCUUUCUUCCUCUGCCAAAAAUAAUCUAGCCAUUUAAUUUUUUCCCUUUUUUUGAGCGAGAUGAGGAGUUUAGUUGUAGCUUUUGGAGCAAACUAAUGUUGUUUAUUUUUUUUUACAUUGCAAUAUAAAAGGCCUUUAGAUGUUUCUGCAUCUGCUUGAUCGUCUUCCUCUCCUCUUCUUCUCUCUUAUUAUUAUUUUUUUGGUCAAAAACCUCUUCUUCCUUUCACCAUUUUUCUAUCUAUGCAUGUGAUAAGCAAGUGAUAGAGACAAAUCUGAAAUCCUUUUAGCUAUUGAAUCUGAACAUUUUGAGAUUUUUCUUUCAUUAAAUUUUCUGUUCAUGUUGUUUUCUCCUUUUACUUAUCUGAUCUGAACUUGACCUUUUUUUUUUUUGUGAUUGCAGGUGGGAAAAGUUUGUAGAUUUCAUGUUUUUAUUUUGGUUUUCGGUAUUUGAAUCCUUAACAAGAAAAUAUUUGGUGCCUUCUUAGUUUUUGGGGUUUCUUUGACAAACAGCCAACAGCACUACUAUGAUCAUGUUGCGAAAAACACUUCAAAUUUUUGGUGCUAUUGUAUUAUACAAAGAACUCAAUGAGUUUUACCAAAUCAUAGACUUAUUGGGUUGUGAAAGACAUUACCACUAGAGAAUUUUUUGGAAGAUCUUGAACCUCUGAACUCUAGGCAACCAAAAUAAGAUAGGUUAUUACAGGGAUGGAUGGUAAUUUUUUUGGAAAAGGGUGUAACUUUCUGGCUGGAGUAUUACAGCAAAUGAAAGCUAUAAAUAGACUAAUUUAUUUUAUUUCCAAUUGGGCUAUGAUGAUAUAAUUUUGGUUUCUUUAGAUGUAUUUCAGGUUUUAAAUUGAUUGCCAUAUCUUGGCGAGGCAACCCUGAUGGCAUUUGGCUUUCAUUCUCCCCUUGAAAUGCAAUUGGGUCUGCAGCCAUGGCGGUACUCUCAUCUCUGCCUGACUUUUGCCAAUAGACCUGAGCCUUACUUUAAAUUAUCAUAAUAACUGCUUAAUUUAAUUAAAGUUUUGAUCACUGAUUCCUUUUUUUCCAUUUGUAUUAUAAUCUUCGGAUCAUGUCAAUUUCUAAUGUUUUUAUUGGUUGUUUUAACCUUUGAAAAAAUCUCUAGCGAGCUAUGCCAGAAAUUCUCAGGUGUGCUACCUUGGUUUGCAGUUAUAGCUCUUUCAUUAUAUGAUGUUUUACUUGUGACAAAGUUUUAGCUUUUUCCUUUUGCUUUAUACUAUUUUCAUCAUGCUAGAGAAAUUGCUUGAUGCUUUGGUACAAUUUAUAUAGUGACCCAAAUGGGCUUUUGUCAAUGUGCUUUAAAUUUUUUAGAAAUUUUAUGCUCAAGUGCAGAAACUAUAUGAAGUUAGAAUGAAAUAUCUAACUAAAUAUCUCAAGUAUUUGAGAGGUCUUGCAAGCCUGUACGUCUUAAUAGAGAAGUAAAUAUGAUAUUUGAUGGUUGCUUUUUAUAAAAAAUAGUGAAUACUUUUUUACUUAAGUACACAAAGACUGGUUAGUUUGGAAAAUCUAUUCGGGGCCUUUCUUUUUUCCUACUUCACAACCCAAAAACAAGAAAGAAAAACACCCUGUGUUGCUCACAUAGUGUUAUUUGGGUAGAAAUUCUUUCUCCUCAUUUUUUUUCUCUUUACGGCAAUAGGAAGAUAACAUGUUCAUAAUGAUGGGUUUUGGUAAUGUUAAAUUGCAUGUUUUAUAGCUGUUUAGUCAUGACAAGGGAUUAACUGAGACCUUUUUAGGUAUCUGCAUUUGGUUUCUUCCUUUUUUGGUCGGUUGGGUUCUGAAGAAUUAGAUAAAUGAAGCAUUUUGCUUUUUAUUUUUUGUAAACUUUAUUUAUUGGAGAAAUAGGGAUGGGCAUUGCUGCAGUUAUGCUACUUUCAAAGGACUGCAUUCGAUGGUCUAUUGUGAGGAUAGAGCCUUGUAAAUCUUGAGCAAUAAUAUCCGGCACUGAAAUUAGUGAACUUUACUCGAGAUGGGUUCAAAGUGAACUACAUGAGCACUAUUGCAUAGUUCCAACAGAAUUGGCUGACUGCUCUAGACGCUGAUCAAGUAAAGACUAGAGGCAUUUUUCUAGAUAUAGCUGCAAGAGAGCACUUUUCGAUGAAUGUAUCUUAAAUUGUGACUUAUUUCUUUUUCACAAUUAAUGACAUGCAUAGUGCAUUGGGAGAGCCUACCUCAAUUAUAUGUGUUAUUAUACUCUUCAACUUUAUUAUUAUUAUUAUUAUUUAACUCUUAUCUGUUUUGGUUUACACCUAAAUUAAUCACAACUGAAAUGUCGACAAAAUGCUUCAAUUAUCAACCACACACAGAAAAUUAUAUAAAAAUGAUUUUUAAUUGGAAAAUGCAGCCAUUGAGGGCUCUGGGUAUAUUAACCUUGCAACCUCAGCUCUGGGUACACUAACCUUGCAAACUCACACCGCGCGUAGUGCGCGGUGAUCCCCUCCUAGUCAUCUACAAAUUACAUAACAUGUUACGAAACUUACCGCUUAAAUUUCCACUGUAAUUUGAGUUAAACGUUAUGGGGGUGAUACGUGGAACUUGACGCAUCCGAGGACACCUCAAAUGCAUAGUGAAAGUAAUCUAUUUUUUGUCUUGUUAAAAAAGAAAAGGUGUAACCUUUAUAUACCUUGCGCAAUAGUGAGAAAGAGCUACAAGUCUCCCCACUUUCCCAGGGAUGACGCAUCGCAUGGCUCUGAUUAAAACCUCUCCUCUCUUCCAUCUUUUCUGCAAAACCCCUUCAGCCCUUUCUUCCUACACAGGUCCCAACUGUUUCAAAUCCCUGAAACCCAUAACAAUCCAUGCUAAGUUCCAACCCCAGAGUACCUUUUCCAUGACAAAGACUACCAAUUUAUGCACCGCAUCAGCCAUCCUUCAAGGCCCCUCCUCCUCUUCUUCAGCAAUACCCCAUAAGUCCAGGAAGAAAGCCCGCAGCGAAUCCCUGCUGCGUCACAAGCUCGAUCAGUGCUCUAAGCGCGGUGAUUUAGGCGAGGCCCUUCGCAUUUACGAUGAGGCAAGGGCCGAUAAUGUUCCCCUCAGCGUUCACCAUUAUAAUGUUUUGCUUUAUUUGUGCUCUGCUAGAAGUAAUAGCAGCGACGAUAUUAGUUUAGAAAAGGGCUUUCAAAUUUUUAAUCAAAUGGGGUUGGAUAAUGUUGUCCCAAAUGAGGCAACUUUUACUAGCGCUGCAAGAUUAGCAGCUGCUAAAGAAGACCCAGAAAUGGCUUUUGAUUUGGUUAAGAAAAUGAAGAGUUACGGGAUUGUUCCGAAAUUGAGGUCUUAUGGACCUGCAUUGUUUGGGUUUUGUAAGAAAUCAAUGGCGGAUAAGGCUUUUGAGGUUGAUGCUCAUAUGGUUGAGAAUGGUGUUUUAGCCGAGGAGGAGGAGCUUUUGGCCCUAUUGAGGCUUAGUUCCGAGGAAAAUUUAGUCGAGAAAACUUAUGAAUUUAUGCAUAGGAUGAGGUCUACAGUUAGACAGGUAUCAGAGGAGACUGCAGGUGCUAUGGAGGAUUGGUUUAAGUCAGAGACUGCUGCUGAUGCUGGAUUGAAGAAUUGGGAUGUGGAAAAGGUGAAGGAAGGCAUAGUGAAGGGAGGAGGCGGCUGGCACGGGCAAGGGUGGCUGGGGAAAGGGAAAUGGAGUGUGGUUAGGACUGAAAUGCAGGAGAACGGAGUAUGUCAUUCAUGUGGAGAGAAGCUUGUUUGCAUUGAUAUUGAUCCUAAGGAGACGGAGAAUUUUGCUAAUUCAGUGGCUAAACUGGCUUGUGAGAGAGAAGUAAGGGCGGAUUUUGUGAAAUUUCAGGAAUGGCUCGCAAAGCAUGGACCUUUUGAUGCAGUGAUAGACGGGGCAAAUCUUGGCCUCAUUAAUCAAAAACAUUUCAGUUUCCAGCAGCUGAAACAUGUUGUGAAUCAGUUACGCCAAAUGAGCAAGUCAAAUAGAUUGCCACUUGUUAUUUUGCACAGAAGCCGCGUGUUUGGUGGUCCUGCUCAGUACCCUAAUAACAAGAAAUUGUUGGAGAGUUGGAGAAAUGCCGGUGCACUUUAUGCUACUCCUCCUGGUUCAAACGACGAUUGGUAUUGGUUAUAUGCUGCUGUUAGUUGUAAAUGUUUGUUGGUGACAAACGAUGAGAUGAGGGACCAUUUAUUCCAACUACUAGGGACUAGCUUUUUCCCAAGAUGGAAAGAGAAGCAUCAGGUGAGAUUAACUCCCGCAAGACCUGGACUUACCCUUCAUAUGCCUCCACCUUAUUCGAUAGUUAUUCAGGAGUCAGAACAAGGUAGUUGGCAUAUACCUACUGUCGCAGGAGAUGACCUUGAAACCCCGAGGAAAUGGGUGUGUGCUACCAGGACAAAGAAAAAAAAUCUACAUUCCAUCUUCAGCUGAAUACUGUGACCAAAUCCAUUGUAGUCAUAUAAACAAAGAAGGGAAGGAAAUGAAAUUUCGUAUCAAGGCAUCUUCAUCUGGUUCCUAUAGCAGUAUCAGUUGCCUGCAGCGAUGUUCCACAUGAGCUUUGGAAGUGGCAAGAAUCAAAGUGCAGUAAGCCUGACAGAAGAGCGCAAGACAUCGAGAACCAGCCAAAGAGUAGGAGUAGAGGAGCAACCUUUGCAAUUAUAUUAUUGCUUCUUAAACAACUAUAGUCCAUAGUAGCUUCACUACUGAGAUAUGUUUUUGACAAAAAAAAAAAAAGAUAUGUUGUUGCAAAUUGCCUUGCGAUUAUUACUGCAUGUGGAUUACCAAAUGCAAAACCAAAAGUUGGGUAAUCAAAUGCCGCUUUUGUAUAUAUAGGCUUGUAGUACUACAGAGGUA